GAUGGCCAGUGAGAUCUGCGGACAAGUAGAAGAAGUAUCUCUCCGGUGCCGAAGAUACGUGAGUGAUGUUUCUUUUUUUGCAGAUGAGUGAUGUAUAACUCCACUGUCAUGGACGCCGGCGCACCUGGUUUGACGUUUUGGUAUCCGUAAUUGGCGAGUUGUCAUGCGGGUCUGUCUCCGUUUCCGUUACACGUGACGAAACAAUCUGUCGUCCAAAUCAGAGUGGAGGUUUUUUUGGCUCUUGUCAUUUUACCACGACCCUCCUUCAAGAUGUUCUCCUCUGCGUCGUUUUUCACACGCAGCAGGAGGACGAACAACGGACCGACUUCUGGAUCCUUCUUCCAACCCCGAGCGACAUCUUCAGUGGUCAACUGUGAGGAAGUAUCCUGUGCAAAAGUAUCGUACUCGUACUAAUUGCAAAUAUGCAUGACAAAUGUUCUUCCCAAGGCAAAACAACAUUACAAAUUUAACUUUCCUUCUUGCCAAAAUUUGUAAUGCAAUUUAUACGAGUGCGAUACAAUACUUUUGCAAUGCAUAGGAAGCCGGUACCGGAGCCACUAGCUCGUCGGAUUUGUUUCAAAUCACAGGCGCUUUCACCGAGCUGGGCAAGGGCGUGCCGCUGAACCCAAAGUACGACAAUGCGCACCACAUGGGGGCGCACAGGUGGGGGUACGAGAAAGUGCCGGACUCGCAGAUGGCCGGGCAGAGGCAACACGGGGAGGUAAGGUGUGGUUUUUGUUUCCAAACCUGCAUGCAAAGUAAUUUUUCAGAGCCGACAAAGCACAAGAACUCGAUCACGUUUUUAGAUGUACGUGACGACGAGGAGAUUCAGGUUCGUGGUCGCACAAAUUCAAAUCGACCAUGUGUCUUUCUUCCUAGAGUCAUGUUUGUAAGCUCACUGCUGCAAGAACCAUGUUGUUUUAUGUGUCACAAAAAGCAAAACAGCUCUUCGAUACGAAGAACCAUUCGACGCCGAUUGCGCCCUACCCUUCGGACAGUCGUGGGUUCCAUGCCAUGCCGCCCUCGGAGGAUCGUAUCUAAUUUGAUGCCUCAGGAGAGUGUAGCUAAAACAUCUUGAGCGUCAUGAUACGAUGGUCAUCAUGUUGUUCACUUGUGAGAAAUUCAAAUUUCAUCAGGUUUGCUACGGGCUUUGCACGCUUACUGUUACUACAAUUCUUGCAAUUCGAAAAAUUCCUGACAAUAAUGUCAUCAACAGGUAUCAACCUGAGUUACGAGAACAUGCUUGGUGACGAGAUGUCGCUGGCCCCGCCGACCGCUGGGAAGUUCCAGUCCGAAUGGCAAAAGAAGAUCGCAUACCGGUACGGGCUGUACCAGCCGAGCUCCAUGAAUGCGGCAAAAUCCGCCGAUGACAUUCGAUUGUCAGUGAACGAGUUUUCCGACAAGGUGCUCGCGGAUGACCCGAAGGACGCGUGUACUAAGAGUUGUUUCAGCUACAUUUCUUGAACAACAGAGGGCAAGCGCAAUAAGUAUAAGAAAAUUUGGCAUGCGCAUGAUGCGGAAAUGCAUAUACAAAUUCAGGUAAGUACCUGCUGAUUGAGGAAUACCGAUGCUUGCAGACGUACCAGUACGAAAAACAGCCAGUGUAUGGGAGUGUCAGGAUCCAAUUUGACAAAGUUGAAAUAACUUGUAAUGGAUAAAAUGCAUAACGCGGAAUACGUGUGUUGCAGAGCAGGCAAGUGACGCCGAUUAUAAGCCUGUUUGGGGUUAUUGCUCGAGCUGCUAAAGCAGCAGCAUGAGAGAACGACCAAUCUUCUUCGCCUAAACAGCAUCACAAACUGGAUUUAGGCACCACCAAAAUUUGUCAUGCGCCACUUGGAAACUGGGUUCCAAGUUCAACUGGCAUCCAUUUUGUGCAUGACAAAUCAUUUCAUUUGCAUGACAAUCUCCUUACAUGUCAUUUCAUUUGCAUGUCAGGCUAGAUCUCCUGCGUCCGAAGCUGCUUGCGGCGACGGUGCAAAGGUUUUUGAUGUGGCGCAGUCGGGUAUGCAUGACAAAUCAUUUCAACUUUGUCGAUUUCGAUCCUGACGGUUCCAUAAAGUGGACGCCAGUAAGCGGUGUGUGAAGUGGUACGACGAGUUUCAAAAGUGCAAGUGGGACCAACACAAGUUCAACAGUGGAUACACCAGCGUCGAAGGACCCGCAUUGAGCACGAAGCGCCGGCCCUACAUCUUCUACCCGGACUUCAAGUACGCGUAAAAAACUACAGGGUAUUAAAGCAAACAGGACCCGGUCGCAUUCGCAACGGACCUAGAAGGAUAGUUUCCGAGCACCACCCCGAGGUGAUUGUGAUGAGUAUCUAUCACACCUUGCUGUUGCAACAGCGUUAACUGUUGUGACUUGUCUAUUUGAAGACAAGGUUUGCUCCUUUCGAGGAAUAAAGAACCUGGAAGUGCAAGAACGUGGUAGCAUCAGACAGCUGUUCUUCUUCUUCUUCUUCACAAGAAUUAUGCAGUCUUCGUUCCGCUGGAAAGCUAGCUGUCGGCGAGGACGAGAACCCUGCGAGGACACAACGUCGGGCUUCUUGGUUUCAUUCAUUCCGUACGGUGUUCGAACUUGGCU